UGGGUUUAAACUGAUAUUUAACAACAAGAAAUUUUGAUUUAUUAGACAAUCUCAGACAAAGACCCGGAUUAUUUUGGAUUUUAUUUUUUACAUUAAGCGUUUCAAAGAUUCAGAUUGCUUUCAAUGAUAAAUUGCAAAGAUGAACAUUUUUGGUGGAGGAAACACAACUUUUGGAGCUACUGCAAGCACCAACUAUAAUGCCAUGAAAGAUAUUGAGGUGCAGUCCCCUCCUGAUGACAGUGUCAGCGUGGUCAAGUUCAGUCCUGCCACUAACAUGCAGUCCACUUUUCUGAUAGCAGGAAGCUGGGACAACAAUGUUAGGUGUUGGGAAGUGCAGCAAAGUGGACAGACUGUACCGAAGGCCCAACAGACACACACUGGACCUGUCCUGGAUGUAGAUUGGAGUGAUGAUGGAACAAAAGUUUUCACAGCAUCUUGUGACAAAACAGCGAAGAUGUGGGAUCUGCAGAGUAAUCAAGCCAUUCAAAUAGCACAGCAUGAAGCACCAGUAAAGACUAUUCACUGGAUUAAAGCACCCAACUACACAUGUGUCAUGACAGGAAGCUGGGACAAAACACUAAAGUUCUGGGACACAAGAACUCCGAAUCCCAUUGACACCAUUCAGCUUCCGGAACGUUGUUAUUGUGCAGACGUAAAAUAUCCAAUGGCUGUUGUUGGUACUGCUGGGAGAGAAUUGAUCAUAUACCAGCUGGAGAAUCGCCCACAGGAAUUCACACGAAUUGAGUCACCACUGAAAUUUCAGCAUCGUGUUGUCAGCAUAUUUUUGGACAAGAAAAACAACGGAGCUCCCACUGGCUUUGCUUUGGGCAGUAUCGAGGGCAGGGUAGCCAUACACUACGUCAAUCCCACCAAUCCAAAGGACAACUUCACAUUCAAAUGUCACAGGUCCAAUGGCACACCCAGUGGCGUGCAAGACAUAUAUGCAGUAAAUGACAUUGCAUUCCAUCCUGUUCAUGGUACUCUGGCCACCGUGGGUUCAGACUGCAAGUUCAGUUUCUGGGACAAAGAUGCUCGAACCAAACUGAAGACCUCCGAGGCAUUUGACCAGCCCUUGACAUCCUGCUGUUUUAACCCCCAAGGAAACGUCUUUUGUUAUGCCACUAGCUAUGACUGGUCAAAGGGCCAUGAAGGGUUUGAUCCCAACAAAAAGCCCCACAUUUUCUUGAGAUCUUGCUUUGAUGAGCUGAAACCAAGCAUGAAAAAAACCUAGUGAUGCACAGCAUUUUCUACGUUGCAUACCUUGUGUGCAGAUCCAUCCAAGUUCACGUUUAUUGAACAGAGAAAACAUUGUUGAUCAUAAACCACCAAAUCAUGUUGCGCCAGACAUAUGUUCAUAACAUCAUGUACCUGAACAUUUAAGCCUAUUAGAAGCGAUGUUAUCACUUUACUACAUGUACAUUUAAAUCCUGAUUAUUUUCAAUUCAAUGGUCAUAAAUUAAAUGUAUUCUGUAUUG